UCCGCCCCGGCGGCCAUCUUGGAGGCUCCGGAGGCGGUGCCGCACAGGACAGAGCGGAAGUGCUCGGCUGUCCCUUCCCGGACCGUGCGAAGCGCCGGCGCGGCCGCCUGCCCGCGUCCUCCUUCCCGCGGCCCUCGGAGACCGCGCUCGACCGCAGGGAGCGGCGAGGUACAGGAUGUCUGAAGGUGACAGCGUGGGAGAUUCUGUCCAUGGGAAACCUUCUGUGGUGUACAGAUUCUUCACAAGACUCGGGCAGAUCUAUCAGUCCUGGCUAGACAAGUCCACGCCUUACACGGCCGUGCGAUGGGUGGUGACGCUGGGCCUGAGCUUCGUGUACAUGAUUCGAGUCUACCUGCUGCAGGGCUGGUACAUCGUGACCUACGCCUUGGGGAUCUACCACCUCAACCUUUUCAUAGCUUUUCUUUCUCCGAAAGUGGAUCCUUCCUUGAUGGAAGACUCAGAUGACGGCCCUUCGUUACCAACCAAACAGAAUGAGGAGUUCCGGCCCUUUAUUCGAAGGCUUCCGGAGUUUAAGUUUUGGCACGCGGCGACCAAGGGCAUCCUCGUGGCCAUGGCCUGUACCUUCUUUGAGGCUUUCAAUGUCCCGGUGUUCUGGCCCAUCCUGGUGAUGUACUUCAUCAUGCUUUUCUGUAUCACCAUGAAGAGGCAAAUUAAGCACAUGAUAAAGUACCGGUACAUCCCGUUCACGCACGGCAAGAGGACGUACAAGGGGAAGGAAGACGCGGGCAAGACGUUUGCCAGCUAGGCGCUCAGCUGGACCCAUCAGAGUCUGAGGACGGUUCUGCGCCAUUGUAACAAUGCCUUCUUCCUUCACAUAAAGUAGUUGAUUUCGA